AUGGGCAAGGAAGAGUCGCUCCCGCUGACGGCACCCGCCCCCUCGUCGCUCGAGACGACUCGCACCUCGUCCACCCUCUCCCGCCGCGUCGCUGCGCUCGCCCUGCUGCUUCCCGUAGCCUUCUGGAUAUCGUCUCCCACCGACGCUCUCGCCGCGUUCCCUGUCGGCCAUCCCUGCCGCCAUGAACUCGCUCGUCUCGCCAAGGGCGCUUCUUGCCCCACACAGGUGGACCCGCUGAAUGUCGGCCCCGACUGGCUGCCAGAGCAGGACGACGAGUACAAGAAGCUUGCGACGGAGCGCCUGCAAGGGGCGGUCCGCAUCCGCACCGAGUCCUUCGACGACAUGGCCGGUCCCGAAGACCCUCGCUUCGAACCAUUCGGCAAUUUGCACACCUACCUCGAAUCGACCUUCCCGCGGGUCUACUCGACUGUGCAGGUCGAGAAGGUGCAGAAGUACGGUUUGCUCCUCACGUGGAAGGGCAAGGACGAGGGCUUGAAGCCGGUUGUGUUGAUGGCACAUCAAGAUACGGUGCCGGUCCCGGCGGUGACGGAGGAUAGGUGGACGUACCCGCCCUUCGACGCUCACCUCGAUGAGAAAGGCUGGAUCUGGGGCCGCGGCACGGCCGACUGCAAGAACACGCUGAUCGGCAUCUUUGGCGCGCUCGACAAGCUCAUCGAGGAAGGGCACGAGCCGACUCGCACGGUCAUACUCUCGUCCGGCUUUGACGAAGAGAUUGGUGGCUCCCGCUCCGCCAAAUAUCUCGCCUCGACUCUCGAAGAGCGUUACGGGAAGGACGGGAUCGCCUGGGUACUCGACGAGGGAUUCACGGGCGUCGACGAAGCCUACGGCCGGACGUUCGCGCGCUUCGGGACCGCCGAAAAGGGCGCAGUCUCGAUCAAACUGGACGUCUUGACCCCCGGAGGACACGCGAGCGUUCCCCGUCGUGGUCACACCGGAAUCGGGAUCCUGGCGAAACUCGUCUCGGUUUUGGAGGAACACCCGGAUGUGCCGCGAUUGAGGGAGAGGAACCCGUUGUUAGGCGAGCUGAUGUGUGCUGCGGAGUAUGGCGAGGUCGAUAAGAAGUGGAGGGGGCGCGUCAAGGACCCGAAGCAGUGGAAGAAGCUAGGGAGGGAGAUGGCGGAGGAGGACGACAUCAAGCGGGCGUAUUUGAGCACGACUCAGGCUACGGACCUCAUCCAUGGCGGCGUCAAGAUCAACGCCUUGCCCGAGUACGCCUCGGCCUCGAUCAACUACCGCAUCGACUUCCUCUCCUCCGUCAACGCGACUCUCUCUCGCCUCUCUUCCAUCCUUGCACCGACAGUCAAGCGGUUCAACCUCACCUUCGACGCCUACGGCUCGCACUCGGACGUUGAGAACGAUGUCGUCCGGCUGCAGGUGAUUGAGGGGAGUGAGAUUGAGCCGGCGCCGAUUACGCCGACGGAGGGCAAGGCCUGGGAGCUGAUGGCUGGUACGACGAGGCAUGUCUGGAAGGACGCGAUUGUCGGACCGAGCGGGAUGGUUGCCAACACCGACACGAAGUACUCGUGGCCUUUGACGCGCAACAUCUACCGCUUCGUUCCAGCCUCACUCAAGCUCAUUAAGGACUUCCACACGGUCGACGAGCGCAUCCACAUCGACGCGCACCUGAACGGCAUCCGGUUCUUCUACAAGCUGCUCCGCAACACGGAGGGCUGGGAGGCGCCUUGA